AGGAAACUGAAAGGAAAAGUGCAUCUGCAGAUGGUUUUGGUUUCUCCCAGCUGGAAGAGCUCUGAGUAGCUUCUAUUUCUUCCAAGAACAUGGCAUUCACACCAGUAUAUUGCAGGGCUAUGUUCAGACAUCUCACAGAACAUGGUGAACUACAGUAACUGUUUCUAUGAAUGUGGAAAAUGCCUUUUUAAAAGAAACUAUCCACUGAUUUUCUCUAAUCUUUCACACAUUCCAUUCCACACAGGAUUACCUGGAAUCAUUUUCCAAUCCCAGGACUUUAUGUUCAUGAAAAGUUCAGUUGGCUACAGAAGCCCCGGGGGUUAUCAGAUUUCUAGUUGCAGUGCCCUCUCAGAAUGCUAAUGCACCGGAGUUCACCAGAGAAAGAAAUACGAAAAUCAAGUGACAGAUGUUGUAACAAAAGAGGGAGUCAUGGGAAGGCUAAAACUGCAAUUACUGGGAAAGGCCCAGAUGGUAGAAAGGCAGCAGGCUAGGUGAACGCUACCCUGACCUGAUUAUAGGGGAGCACUAGCCCCAUUUGCAAAUCACACAUCCAACGGAAAGCCUAUUCAAUGUCCUUUAAAGAGGAAGAGAGUCUACUGACAGGAUGUGAGCAUUUGGAAUUCUAGUGGGUGGGGGUACAUCACUGAUGCUAUCCCCCUUCUCCUAAAUAACUUUGCUCCAUAAAAUGCAUCAUGUUAUUUCUGGAAACCCUUAAGUCUGAUUUGCUGAGUGCCAGUAUCCAGUCUGUCCUCUCUAAAGUGCAAAACAGACUUUCCUCCUGCUGCAGUGUAGUAGGAACCAUGUGCUGGGAAAUAUCCAUUGACCAAAGGUAUCAACUUCUUUAAUAAAAUAAGAUUACAGAGGGAUAGCAUACAAUUACCAGACCUCAGAGUAUCCCUAAAACUGUUGUGGAAUUGUGGUUGGCCAAACCUUUGCUGCUUCUGUGUAAGGUUAACUGUGGGGAGCUCUAUCCCACCCCUCCCCCAUUACCUCUGGACCAGCCAGGAGGAUAAAGAAGAGGGCAGAAUUCAAUGAAUAAUACAUUGCUAAUACAUUUUAGAUUACAAAUGCAUUCCCUGAAGACUGGACUGUCAAGUUUAAGGGAAAGGAUAAAAAAAUAUUCAAAUUUAGACAUUUAAAUUUUUGAUAAGAAAGUAGUUGAUGCUGUAAAGAGAAUAAUUUUAAAAGAAGUUUUAUAUUCCUCUUCGUGUACAUUUUAGAGUUCCAGCUCUGAACAGGUUAGCUAUUGCAGGAUUGUGGCUUUUUAAAGUUCUGGCUUCCAGCUAAAACAGACGUGUGUUCGUGCCCUUUCUUCUGGAGGAAGAAAACCACAACUUGGAAGCUACAGAGGCUCUAAAAUCAUGGAAUUCUACUGGAUGCUUACAGUAUCCCUGGAAGUCCAGAGGACACAGUUUCCCUGCGAUGGACAGUCAGCAUAAAAAGGAUUAACGGGCCCCAGCAGCAAAUACAAGCUCCUCUGCUUCCCGACCCGUUUCAUCUGCUGUACUGUGCACCCCAGCGAGCCCUGCAGAACCUGCUGCCAUCUGCCUGGACCUUCUUUCUGCAAGAUGGCUUCUACACGAUGGCCAUGGCGAAGAAUCAGCUCUAGGUGUCACCUGCGUGUGUAGGGAAGGCCUGUGUGCCUCAGGCCCCGGGACACUAUGCCUGAUUGGGCUAGAUGGGCGAUCCCAGAUGUGAUGUCAUUUUGACUCCCAGGACCCCCGACUCCCAUCAUCCCGGUCCCCCCACGCCUGUUUCUUCUUUUCUCUCUCUCCGCGCUUGUAAAGCAGCGCGGAAGAAACAGCGGACUGGCUUCACCUCGCCUCCAGUCCCCCUCCCAGCCCGCACAUCGCUGCGGAGCCCGCAGGCCGCAGAGCCGCUGCGCCCGGCGUGCGGGGGAGGCUGAGGGGACGUGGCCGCAGCCUGAGCAACGGGGCCCGGCCCUCCAGCCCUCCCCGAAAGCCGGAUCCGCUCGCAGGUCUGGCGGGCGGCAGGGGUCCUGCGGGCGGAAGUGAGAAGCGAGGCGUGGGAGGAGGCUGCAGACUGGGGGCUGGGAUCCCCUCGGCGGCUGACGCGGCCCGGACAACCCGAACGAGGACGGCGGCCGCCUCCCGACGCCCGGUGCGCUGCAGCCGGGCCUUUUUUGGCGUUGAGGCAGAGCAGACGGGCAGGGCGGCCGCUCCGGGGGAGCGAGGCUGAGCCGCCGCCCCCGGGACCAGGAGGAGGGGCUGCCUCGGGGGCGCCGCCGAGACCCAGAUAGGCUGGGCGGACGCGGGAGCGGGCGGCGGCCGGUCGCCUCCCUCCUCCGCGGCGCCAUCCCUCGGCGCGCCCAACCCGGAACCCGGCGAGCGCGUGGGGGCGGGGAGGCGAGCGCGCAGAGCUGGCGGGCACCCCCGCGGCCCCCGGCCCCCCAGCCAUGUCGGCCGAGGAGAUGGUGCAGAUCCGCCUGGAGGACCGCUGCUACCCGGUGAGCAAGAGGAAGCUUAUCGAGCAGAGCGACUAUUUCCGCGCCCUCUACCGCUCCGGCAUGCGCGAGGCCCUGAGCCAGGAGGCCGGCGGCCCCGAGGUGCAGCAGCUGCGCGGCCUCAGCGCCCCGGGCCUGCGCCUGGUGCUGGACUUCAUCAACGCCGGCGGGGCCCGCGAAGGCUGGCUCCUGGGCCCGCAGGCGGAGAAGGGCGGCGGGGUGGAGGAGGAAGAGGAGAUGGACGAGGUGAGCCUGCUGGCGGAGCUGGUGGAAGCGGCCUCCUUCCUUCAGGUCACGUCUCUGCUGCAGCUGCUGCUGUCCCAGGUGCGGCUCACCAACUGCCUGGAGCUGUACCGCCUGGCGCAGGUGUACGGGCUGCCCGACCUGCAGGAGGCCUGCCUGCGCUUCAUGGUCGUCCACUUCCACGAGGUGUUGUGCAAGCCCCAGUUCCACCUCCUGGGGGCUCCUCCUCAGGCCCCCGGGGAUGUCAGCCUGAAGCAGAGGCUGAGAGAGGCCCGGAUGACGGGGACUCCGGUUCUUGUAGCCCUGGGGGAUUUCCUGGGGGGACCCCUGGCCCCUCACCCCUACCAAGGGGAGCCCCCGUCCAUGCUCAGGUAUGAGGAGAUGACCGAACGUUGGUUCCCGCUGGCCAAUAACCUUCCUCCCGACCUGGUGAACGUCAGGGGUUACGGGUCCGCCAUCCUGGACAACUACCUCUUCAUAGUGGGCGGGUAUAGGAUCACUAGCCAGGAAAUCUCGGCUGCGCACUCCUACAACCCCAGCACCAAUGAGUGGCUCCAGGUGGCCUCCAUGAACCAGAAGAGGUCUAACUUCAAACUUGUGGCUGUUAAUUCAAAACUCUAUGCCAUUGGUGGGCAGGCCGUUUCUAAUGUUGAGUGUUACAAUCCCGAGCAGGAUGCCUGGAAUUUUGUGGCACCCUUACCAAAUCCUCUGGCCGAGUUCUCUGCGUGUGAGUGUAAGGGAAAAAUUUAUGUCAUUGGAGGAUAUACGACCAGAGAUCGCAACAUGAACAUUUUGCAGUAUUGCCCCUCGGCCGACAUCUGGACACUGUUUGAAACCUGUGAUGUCCACAUUCGCAAGCAGCAGAUGGUGUCUGUUGAGGAGACCAUCUACAUCGUGGGCGGCUGUCUGCACGAGCUGGGGCCCAACCGGAGGAGCAGCCAGAGCGAGGACAUGCUCACGGUGCAGUCCUACAACACCGUCACGCGUCAGUGGCUCUACCUCAAGGAGAACACGUCCAAAUCGGGGCUUAACUUGACUUGCGCGCUCCACAACGAUGGCAUCUACAUCAUGAGCAGAGACGUGACCCUGUCCACCAGCUUGGAACAUCGAGUUUUUCUUAAGUACAACAUCUUCUCAGAUAGUUGGGAAGCAUUCAGGCGUUUCCCGGCCUUUGGACACAACUUGCUGGUUUCCUCUCUUUAUCUGCCCAAUAAAGCAGAAACAUGACUGAACCAAUUUAGGAUUUAAAAGAAACCUGGUUCAAGGCAGAAAAAGAAAAAAAAGAAAAAAGUAGUGUUCCAUUUCAAGGGAGGCUAAUUUCCAAAGGGAAAAAGUGGGUUAAAGUAGGUCACAUGUACAAUAGCUGUAAAUAAGCUUACUUGAACUAAUUACUUGAAAACUUGUGGAGAAAAGAGA